UCAAAGUCUAAGCUUUCCGUCGAAGAACACACUGUUCAUAGAAGAAAAUAAACUCGCGAGAUCAUAAUUGAUUAGCAGAGAAGGCAAGGCCUAGAAAGUCAAAUUUAGGGAAGAAGGAUUGUGAUGGAGGAAAAUUCAACCUUAUCCCCCAAAUCAAUGGACCCAUCCACAGCAUCCACGCCACCACCACCACCACAACCGCAAACACCGUCUCAAGCACCAGCGCCGACGCCGCCACCGCAACAACAACCAGCCGCAUCAAACGUGACAAAUGUCGCAAAUAUCCCUCAAAACCCACAAAUCCCUUCUCCCUCCCUCGACGUCCAACAACAACAACAAGCGCAACAGCAACAACAAAUAUCCUCUCCAGCUCUCCCUCCUCUCUCUCAACAACAACAACAGCAGCAGCAACAACCCCAAAUUGUGCAAUCCCGGAACGCCAAUAGCUACCAAAUUGCGCAAUCCCUCCAGCGAUCACCAUCAAUGUCUCGCUUAAACCAGGAGAUGAACGCACAGCAGCAGCAGGCACAAUUAGGCACCAUUCUGAGACAGCAGCAACAACAGGGGAUAUAUGGGCAAAUGAAUUUUGGUGGCUCUCCUACUGUUCAACAACAGAAUCAGCAGAUGGGUGGGUCCAAUUUGCAACGGUCAGCACUUAUGGGCCAGAACGGGCACCUGCCAAUGCUCACAGGUGCUGCUGCUGCUCAAUUGAACUUGCAGCCCCAGCUACUAGCCUCGCCGAGGCAGAAAGCUGGGUUAGUCCAAGGGUCUCAAUUUCUUCUUGGUAAUUCUGCUGGCCAGCCAUCACAGGGAAUGCAAGCAAUGGGAAUGAUGGGUUCACUCAAUUUGACCUCACAACUAAGACCUAAUGGUACUCUUCCAUAUUCUCAACAGCGGAUGAACCCUGGACAAAUGAGGCAGCAACUGUCACAACAAAAUCUGCCCACAUCUUCUCAGCUUCAAAACUUACCAAGGACAUCAUCACUGGCUUUCAUGAACUCCCAACUGUCUGGGCUGGCUCAGAAUGGACAGCCAGCUUUGAUGCAGAACUCUUUGUCACACCAGCAAUGGUUGAAGCAAAUGCCAGCAAUUUCUGGUCCUGGAUCACCUUCAUUCCGUCUUCAACAACACCAGAGGCAGUCACAGGUUCUCUUGCAGCAGCAAUUGGCUUCAUCUUCGCAGUUACACCCAAAUUCAAUGUCCUUGAACGCACAGCAAUUAUCCCAGCUAGUGCAACAGCAGUCACCAAUGGGGCACCUGCAGCUCAGUCAGCAGCAGCAACUACAACUGCAGCAGCAGCAGCAACAGCAACAGCAACAAAUUCAACAUCAACAACAGCAACAACAAAUUCAAUUACAGCAACAGAUUCAACAACAAAUGCCCAUGCAUCAGCAGCAGUCUCCAAGGAUGCAAGGACCUGCGGGACAGAAGUCUCUUAGUUUGACGGGAUCACAGCCAGAUGCUACUGCGUCUGGCACGACUACACCUGGAGGGAGUUCAAGUCAUGGCACAGAAGCAACAAAUCAACUCGUUGGGAAGAGAAAGAUACAGGAUUUGGUUUCACAGGUGGAUCCACAGGGAAAGCUGGAUCCCGAAGUUGAAGAUCGUCUUUUGGAAAUUGCUGAUGACUUCAUCGACUCUGUGACCACCUUCGCUUGCACUUUGGCUAAGCACAGAAACUCUUCAACUAUUGAGUCCAAGGAUUUAUUGCUACACUUAGAGAAAAAUUGGAAGUUGAGCAUCCCAGGAUAUUCGACUGAGGAGCAGAAGUACCAAAGAAAACCAGUAUCAAGUGAUCUUCACAAGAAGCGUCUUGCUAUGGUACAUGCACUCAUGGGAUCUUCACCCUCAGAAAUGAAUACAAAUAAUCCUAAAGAGAUUAUCAGACAGGGACCGAGCAAUCCAGUUGUUGCUAACCACCUGAUAAGACCGGCCAGUUCUGAACAGUUGGCUUCACAGACAACUGCUUCUCACAUGCCACAGCAGAUAACGCGGUUUUGAUGAGCUGGUUGGUUAGAACCAUCUGGACUCAAUGAUUUCAACUCGGAGGAGUCUAAAUUUUGAUAUCUUUACUGUGUCUUAAGCUUUGGUAUACUUUCCACAGUAAUUAUGUUCUUGAGCCUCCCAACAUCACCUAUUUGGAGCUCUCUGGUUUUUACCUUGUUUGUCUACAAUAAAAAAAAAUUACAUUCAAAGAAAGAAAGAGGGGAAAAAAGGACAUACUUGUUAUUUGAUUUCUUAUGGGUCACAUGGUGUAAAAAUGCUUUCGUAGAUUGUAAUAUGAGAAGGUUCAUUUGCAUCUGCAGUCCUAGUCCAUGUCUAAUUCCAAGAUUGUUACAUAGGCGAUCUUGAUUUCACUUGAGCUUAUCGGCUUAGUUCUAAAAUUCAUUUCAUGUAAUAAAUUUCCAUUUUCAUUUUUAUCCUUUAUGUCCCUGUAAAACAAUAAGCUUGUCUGUGGAGCAUAUUUUAGGUUUUUGGGGUAUGGGUUCAAAGAUUUUUCUUUUGGGUUAGUGCAAACUUUUUUUU